UCCAGGAACAUGAGUAAAGCAUUUCAAAGUGAACAGGGACUCUGUCCACGGUGUUAGUGCUAGUCCCCAGUUCGGAAGGGUAUGGAGUGGGUGCCUGGGGUGGAGAAAACUUUCUGAAAUCUGUGAUGUGGGGAGAGCUGGUGAUCAGUAGCCUGCAACUGCUGUUUCUCCCCUGAGGUUUUUAGAACAGCCACUCUUAGACUUGUCAUGGAAUUAAAGAAAACUACAUCCAGGUUAUACAAUGCUGCUCUCCUGAUGCCACUUUUCCUCUUAUUUUGGGGAACUUCAUACUCUGAAAAUGAUAGCAGUUGUUCAUCAUCCCCAUGUGAAAAUGGUGGGAGCUGUAAGGACUUGGAAGUGGGGUACCAGUGCACCUGCCCCAUGCACCCCAUAGCCUACAUGGGCAAAAACUGUGAACUCCUCUAUGAUGCAUGCACUAAACACCAUUGCCCUGCCCAUAUGAUCUGCAACAGGACUCCAGGACUUCCGGAAUAUGAAUGCAUCUGUAUGCCUGGCUUUACAGGUAUUGAUUGUAGCAUUAAUAUUAAUGAGUGCGAGAGCAACCCUUGUAAAGAUCCUCGUUUUGUAUGUGUAGAUAGUGUAAGUGGAUACGCCUGUAAAUGCCAAACAGGACUGAAUGGAGAAGGCUGCCAAAGCUCUAUGUGCUCUAGCCACCUCUGCCUAAAUAAUGGGACAUGUGUCGAGGGUCCUGGGGACUAUGCCUGCAUCUGCCAACCUGGCUUCACCGGGGCCCACUGCAAAGACAACAUUGACGAGUGCGCUUCCAACCCAUGCCAGAACGGAGCCAUCUGCCGAGACAGGGUGAAUGAGUAUAGCUGUUUCUGUGUGCCUGGGUUCCAAGGAUACAACUGUGAAAUAGACAUCAACGAGUGUGCAUCCCGGCCCUGUAAAAACAAUGGCACCUGCCUGAAUGAGAUGGAUCACUAUCUGUGCAAGUGCGUCCCCGGCUACACAGGUAUAAACUGUGAAGUGGAAAUAGAUGAAUGUGAUUCAUACCCUUGUCAGAAUGGGGCCUUGUGCAGUGAUCACAUUGGGUUCUACACCUGCACCUGUAUGCCAGGUUAUCAGGGAAUCCAGUGUGAGGUGGACAUCAAUGAAUGUAUAAGCCAGCCAUGCCAGCACAAUGGGACAUGUCAAGACCUCAUUAACAGUUACAAAUGUGACUGCAGUGACACGGGCUUUGAAGGAGACCACUGCGAGUUGGAUAUCCUGGAGUGUGCCUCUGGGCCCUGUCUGAACAAUGCCACAUGUAUUGAAGGAAUCAAGAACUACAGCUGUGCCUGCUGGACAGGUUACACAGGGCAGCGCUGUGAAGAGGAUAUUAACGAGUGUGCGACAGAUCCCUGUCACAAUGGAGGUGUGUGCUUUGAGCGAUCCAACCAGUCCUACUAUGGAUCACAACCUGACUUCCCCAGCAAUUUCAGCUACAGCCAAGCAGCCGGUUUCCUCUGUUGGUGCCAGCCAGGCUUUGCAGGGGAGACCUGCUUUACUAACAUUGAUGAGUGUGAGUCCCAGCCAUGUCAGAAUGGAGGUCGCUGCGUGGACCUUGUUGAUGGCUUUCUUUGUCAUUGUUUGCCAGGUUAUUCAGGUGUGGAAUGUGCUGUUAACAUCAAUGAGUGUGAGGCGGGUCCCUGCAAGAAUGGAGCUGUCUGUGAGGAUGGCAUUGCUGACUAUACCUGCCACUGUGCCCCUAGCCAGGAUGGCAUUGUAUGGGGAGGGAAGAACUGCUCUGUCAAGCUCACUGGGUGCCAGACACAUGACUGCCAAAAUGAGGCCUUGUGUAUCCCGACUUACCAAGCUGAGAGCCACGGCCACCUGUGCCAGUGCCAGCCUGGUUUCUAUGAUGCCACAUGCUCCACACCAACAACAUUUUCCUUUGCUUCCAGAGGGUAUCUCCUCGUUGAGCUGCCCGUGAACAAUCAGAGCAGGAGGGAGGGAGCAGGAGAGCAGCUUGCCAGUGUGUCCCUCCGGUUCCGAACCACCUUGCCCAGCGCCAUCCUUUUUUACCGAGGCCAUGAAGAUGAAUACUUGUUCCUGGAGCUCUUUGAUGGCAUUCUGCAUGCAGAACUGAAGAGGCAGGAUGAGUACCUGCUGCUGCUGGAGGGGCUGAGAGUUGAUGAUGGCCAUUGGCAUAAGGUUGAAGUUGUUCUGCAGAACACUGUGCAGCUCAAACUCUGGGACGACUCCUGUGAUGCAGGUGUCUGCAUGCAGAGCUCUCCUGUCCCACACAACGCCACUCCGAUCCCACAUGUCUUCCAGAGCAUGUAUAUUGGAGGUGCUGAGGAUCCACUGGCCAACAACACACAGAGCCAGCAGGGCUUUAUUGGCUGCCUGGAAGACUUGCAGGUGGAUGCUGAAGCUGUGCUCCCGGUGGCUCUCCCUGUGAGCGAGGUUUCCCCUGUGACACAGGGCUGUGACCGCACUGAGUGGUGCCUCUCUGAGCCCUGCUUUCAUGGUGGGCUGUGUGUGGACCUUUGGACGACAUUCAGGUGUGACUGUUUGAGGCCGUAUGGAGGCCCUGCUUGCUCAUAUGAACACCCAGCAGUAACAUUUGGCCUGGAGAAUUCUACUGGCUUUUCCUCUUUCAUCCUUUCUGAUAGCCUUGGUACAGACUUCAACAUCUCCUUUUUCAUUCGUAGUCUGAAACCUAAUGGUUUACUAUUGCAAAUCAGCAAUGAAACAGACCCCUGCCUCACUAUCUACUUGAAGAAUGGCAAGCUGAAGAUUGAGAUGUUAUCUACAGAUACUGUGACAUUUCCAGAAAAUUUAGUUGAUGGGAGAAGACAUUUAGUAGCUUUGUCUUUCCAAGGAGGAACUGUUGGUGCUCACCAAAAAGACACAUAUGUGGAGCUGGGACAACUGGUAGGAAGGCCUCUUUUAACUGGCUAUGAAGUGUAUGUUGGUGGACAUCCUGACCCAGACAGCACUGACCUGUGGGGAGGGUAUUUUAAAGGCUGCUUGCAAGACAUCCAGCUGAACGGCCGCAAAGUGGAGUUUUUUCAGGUUGAGAACUACAGUCUGCCGGAUGAACUUAACAGGACUCGAAAUAUUAAUCUGGUAAAUGGAUGCAUCUCUGAUGACACCUGCAAGUCUGAACCAUGUCAGAAUGGUGGCAGGUGCAUUGUCACUUGGAAUGAUUUCCAUUGCAGCUGUCCAGCAAAUUUCACUGGGAAGUUUUGUGAAGAGAGAGUCUGGUGUGAAAGUGCCCCAUGUCCUGAAGCUACCACCUGUGUAGAUGUUCCAGCAGGAUAUGUGUGUCUGGCUAAUGCAACAUUUAAUAGUUCUGCUGCCAUUGAAUUUACCAGCAAUACAUCAGUGACUAGAACUCUGGGCAGCCUCCUCGUGGAUUUCAGAACCAGAGACGAAGACGCUGUUUUGCUUCGGGCUGUGGAAGAAGUGGACUCCUUCCAGAUAGCUAUUAAGAACUCCUCCUUGCUUGUUGACAUCAGGAGUGGGAAUAGUAUUGAAGGUGUCAGCUUCAUGAGCCAGAAUGCUGUCACGGAUGGUGCCUGGCACACAAUCUCUGUGUCCAUGGAGGAACCUUCUGCACUGUCUUCCAGAUGGGUGGCUCAUUUGGAUGGGUCUGUUAAUAUGACUCUGCAGGGAAAUGCUGGGAACCUGGACUUCUUAAAGAACAAUGCACUGAUUGUUCUAGCUGAAAACUUCACAGGCUGCCUGGGGCAAGUGAAGAUAGGAGGGAUCUACCUGCCCUUCACCUCCCAUCUCUCAUAUCCUCAGCCAGAACAGUUCCAGCAGUCCAGCAGAAGAACUGUCCAGUUAGGCUGCACAGGGGCUGAUGUUUGUGCUUCUAGCCCUUGCAGCAAUGCUGGCAUCUGCAAGGACUUGUUCAACUCCUUCAGCUGUGCCUGCAGUGGUGGCUGGGAGGGGCUGCUGUGUGAGAUUAAUAUUGAUGACUGCCAGUCAAACCCAUGUGUUCAUGGGAACUGCACUGAUAGACUAGCAGAUUUUCAGUGUGAAUGCUUCCGGGGAUACAUCGGGAAGAAGUGUGACAUCAAUGUGGAUGACUGUGUGCGGCACCAGUGCCAAAAUGGAGCUACCUGCAUUGAUGGGGUUUAUGGCUACUCCUGCAAGUGCCCAGCGCAGUAUUCAGGACCUCGCUGCGAAUGGCCGUUCCCACCUGAGCAGUGUGGUAAGAACUUCACCUGUCUGAAUGGUGGCAAGUGCACCACUGAGACCUGGGGAGCCAACUGCACUUGCAAGCCAGGUUUCACUGGAAGGAAUUGUCAAAUUAAUAUAAACGAAUGUGAUCCAAACCCUUGCCAGAAUGGAGGUACCUGUCAAGACUCCGAGAACAAAUUCAAGUGUUUGUGCAGUGCCAGCUACACUGGAGAGCGCUGUGACAUUAACCAGCCUCUGUGGGCACACCUUAGCAACUCCUCUGUUGUGGGAGCAGUUGGGGCUGCGGGAACUGCCCUUCUCCUUGCAGUUGGUGCAGCCACUGUGAUUGCCAUGAAGAGGAGGCGAGCAACUCAGGGAAGAUACAGUCCAAGCCGGCAAGAAAAGGAUGGUGCUCGUGUGGAACUGUGGAACGUAAUCAAGCUGCCACCAACAGAGAGGCUGAUAUAAGAAUUAGGGCCACAAGUCAUCCUUUAACAAUCAUGGAACUGCUGCAGUAUUUCUGUCUUAGGUCUUGAAAUGUGUUGGUUUUUUUUUUUUGUAGGACAGGUCUGUUCUGCUCUAAGCUCCUUCACAGGACACAGGUAACUGCCUCCUGUUAACCUGGUAAUAUUCAACUGCUUGAAAGAUCCUGGUUACGUUAUUAGAGCUCAUUCCAAAGAAGUUUUGUAGAAAAUUGGUCUGUGAGCAAGGACAGUGAAACCCAGGGAGAAAGAAACAUUCAGGAGGGGCUACUGAGAAGUAAGUGGUGGCUGCGGCACAGCAGAGAGAGGGUAUUUAGAACCACUAACAGAAUGCAGUACUGCAGGUCAGGAAGGUGGUAGGGCCAAGUCCUGCAGUCAUCCAAGGGCUCAUAUCUGUAGUAACUGUCACUGCCUUGCAGUAAGUAUAAACUGCACCACACAGGUAAGUAAGAACGUAAGUAAGAGUGAGGAACAACCCACAGUAUUAAGAACUUCUUUCAGAAAUACACGUGCCUGUGCUCCCUCUGUAAAUCCAAGGCUGGUGGCUGACCAAUGGAAUAUGAUUCCCAGAGCUGCUGCUGUCCUUCCACAAUGGGACCAGAGUUAAGAACCACUUUGCUACAGUAGACACUAAAAUCUUUUCCUAAGAUUAGACUAAAACAUAGGAAUACAUUAAGUGCCUUUUAAAGACUGCGUGACCGGUUACAGAAUUACCUUUUGUGAAAUUAAAACGUUUCUGUGAUCAGAUUUGAGCAGUACUGAAGUGAGCACAAUGGAUUUUUCCCCCAUCUUUUCCUAGCCUCAGUAUCUGCCAUCCACACAGAGCAAAAGAGCUGGCAUCCAUAGAAUGACUGCACAACAGUCCUUAGUAAGACAUUAAACAUUUGAAGGUUAGAUGAUGCUUGUGUGAAGAGGGGCAAAGGAGUUGUUUCAAGGCCUGUACCAUUGUGGAUGGCCAGGUUUGGGCUCAUCGAUACAGAAGAGUGGAAUUUAAAUAAAGAAUAUAUUGAACUUUAAUAUAGAACUAUUUUUUGGGUUGUAGCACAGCAUUCAUUUUCUACUUUUGCUAUAAGAAGGGAUAUUAAUUUUGUGGCUUUACUUCCUUUGUUUCUGUUUUAGCUGAUGAGUGCCCUGUUUUUUUCCUCUAGCAUAAUGUGGUAAAGCCUGCAGAAAGAACCACAGCAGAGCUGGCCCAAUAAGGUCUCAAAUGAGCAGGUUUUCAGGAUAAUUACUACAAGUAUCAGUGUGAAAUAUUUAGAAAAUAGUGACUGCUUUUUUAUCUCCAAAAUACGAUUAAUAAGCAGCGUGUGAAUCUGCGCCCCACACCUCACUGCCACUGGAAGAGAAUGCUCUCCUGUUACGCUCCUUUUGCUCUCAGAUUAUUAUUUUUUUCAAACUGUAGCUGUUAAUUUCUUCUGUAAUUCUAAGCAAAGGGAAGAGACAAAACCACUGAUCAGGUCUGUCCAAUUAAGAACAGCUCUUCUGCAUGUGUGAAACUGUUGAUGUAAGGUGAAGAAGGAACAUUUUGAAAAAAACAGAACAAAAGAAACCAUUAGAAUGUGUGACUUCGUUAAUAUUUCAUAGGUAAGGUCACUUUUCCCUAAUAUAUAAUAUUAGAGGAAAGUUGAAAGAGAGUGUGGUGAUCCCACCUGGCUGUGGUUUGGGAAGGAGCUGGAGAGGACAAUACUAAUAACUACAGAAACUACCUAACAUCAGUUCAGGGAGCUUGCUGUCACUUUGAUUUGUUUAUUAGCAAUGCUGCUGUUACUUUUAACGAGAAUGAUUUGCUUUUUGUAUUUUCCAGAUGCUAUUUAGGAGGGUCUAAUAUACUUCUAGAAUAGAGAUGGUUACACUGUCCCGUCACCUGGCUACAGGGGGAAUAAUUCAGUUGCACACCUUAAGAAAACAGUGAGUGCAGUUUUUUCCCUAACAGCAUUUGGGCAACAGAGGGUAAACAAAUGAAGCAGGAAAUGCUUUUCUGGGAGUGCAGGUCUGAAGGGGAAGAACUGUGCAGAGCUGGUUACCACGUCUCUAGGGAAACAAAAACGCAGGCCUGGUCUGAGACUUGCCCUGCCUUACGCUAAGGGUGCGUUUAUCUCCUGGGGACAAAGGACUCACACUCGUGUCAGUGGGCUGAGGCAGAGCCCCGUUUCAUGUCCUGCCCCAGUCCUACUGCAUAAUCUUUACUUAAAUUGCAAAGGUAUGUGUGUUUUUUCUCCAUCCUAUAAAGCUGCAGCAAGAUUAAAAUAUGCUUCUGAUUUUCCCCAAACUGUCCUGAUUAACCUCCAGGUUGGUGCCAGGAGAUGAGAAUUACAGCUACUUUUUAGGUCUGCUCCACUCUUUUGUGUUAAAAUUGUAGAAAAACGAAAGCAGCAAAAGGAUCUGAAUGAACAAAUUUUACUCUGACCUGUAUUAUUGUGUUGUAAGAACUGACUAUUACUGAGCUACUGAAAUAUGGUGAGAGGCAGGAAGUAGCUGCACAUCCCCCAGCAGCAGACACCAAAACCCAGAGCUGCAAGCAGGGGAUCUGUCUGCAUCUCCUGCUGUUCCCGGGGCAGUCAGCAGGCUGCUGCUGCUCAGAUGCUUUACAGGAUUAGUAGAGCAGAUGUUUGUAUUUCAAGCACCCAAAGCCAGUACUAGGAAAAGUGUAAAAAUACUUCGUCAGUGUCUUGAGCAUUUCUGCUAAAUAAUUUAUGAAAGUUCUUUGUUUGUUUUUUUUUUCUUUUUUUUUUUUUUCCAAUAAUGAACUUAACUUUCUUUUGAUAUUUAAUUUUUGAAUAUAUUUUUUCACAAAACUGGAUUUGUUGUAGUUAAUUGUGAUCCUGAUUUCUUUUCUAAUUGUAAAUUUUAUAAUUUGUAAAAAAAAUAUAAUAAAACAACAAAAAAAUAAUAA